AGCUGCUCUCUGCAGAGGCUCAGCGGGGAUCAGCUCCGUCCUCACCGGCUCUCAGUGCUCCAUCCCCGGCCAGCUGACGGCCUCCUCCCCGCUGACACUGUUCCUCCGGUUAACGCUGCUUGUGUCUCUUUAACGUCUCCAGUGAUGCGGAAGCGGAACAACUCAGAGGACAGCGGGACCACCGGCACUCUGCUGGACACAGACCCGGACCUGAAGCAGCGUCCCGCCAGGGGGGGAGCCGCGGGGCCCGCGGCGGGAGGCCGGCACGGCCCGGGAGAGGACGGAGGCAUGGGGAAACCCUUCAGGAGGUUGGGUCUGGUGGGAAAACUGAAGAGGAUCAUGUUGUGGCUGCUGGUCGUCUACGUCGCCAUCCCCUUCAUCAUCAAACUCUGUCCGUCCAUCCAGGCCAAACUUGUCUUCCUCAACUUCGUGAGGAUGCCAUAUUUCAUAGACCUGAGGAGACCUCUGGACCAGGGACUGAACCACACACACAACUUCUACCUGGAGCCUGAGAGCGGCCUGAAGAUCGGAGUCUGGCACACAGUUCCUGCUCAAAUGUGGAGAGAAGCUCAGGGGAAACAAGGCGACUGGUACGGCUCCACAUUUAGCUCCUCCCACUCCGUCAUCCUCUAUCUCCAUGGAAACGCAGGGACCAGAGGAGGAGACCACCGAGUUCAGCUCUACAAGGUCCUCAGCUCGUUAAGUUACCACGUCGUCACGUUUGAUUACAGAGGGUGGGGGGAUUCAGAUGGAUCGCCCUCAGAGGGGGGGAUGACAUCAGACGCUCUCUUCAUCUACGAUUGGCUGAAACAGCGUCUGGACAACAAAACACCUCUUUACAUCUGGGGACACUCGCUGGGGACAGGAGUCGCCACAAACCUGGUCAGACGUCUGUGUGACAGAGGAAGUCCUCCUGAUGCUCUGAUCUUAGAGUCUCCGUUCACCAAUAUCAGAGAGGAGGCCAAGAGCCAUCCCUUCUCCAUGGUGUACAGAUACCUGCCCGGCUUUGAUUGGUUCUUCCUGGACGCCAUCACAGCCAACAACAUCCGCUUCGCCAGCGAUGAGAAUGUGAAUCACAUCUCCUGUCCAGUGUUGAUCCUCCAUGCCGAGGACGACAGCGUGGUUCCUUUCCAUCUCGGCAAAAAGCUGUACACCCUGGCGUCCCAGGCGAAGAGCCUCAGCGGUCACAAGGUUCAGUUUGUUCCGUUCCCAUCCUCUCUGGCCUACAAGCACAAGUUCAUCUACAGGAGCCCAGAGCUGCCAAACAUCCUUAGUGAUUUCCUCGGCACGGCUCACCAACAGACGGACGACUCAGCCUGAGAACACACACACACACACACACACACACACACACACGUUAGCAUUUGUUUCCUGACGAGACUGAAGGUUGUCGCAUGAAAUGAACAACAAACACAUCAUUCCUUUUAUUUUCCAUUCCUCUCACACCAACACUGGCUUCACAGCGCACUGGGUUGCCAUGGUAACUGGGCUCACAGCGGAGUGUGUUUAACGUACUGUAGAUGGAGGAAGACGGUGAUCAAACCAAACUGGAGAACGAACAGAGACGAUCGAUCUUUUUAAUAUCUGAUCUUAUUGUGUGAUUUUUAAAUUUUUGUUUUGGGUCCAUCUGAUGGCGUUUCUUUUCUGGGUUUGAAGGCCUGUUAUGACUUGAAUAUGAAUUAUGGAUUAAAUAUUUCUUGUUUUAUGA